AUGCACACAACUUGUUGCCGAGCCUACACUCAGAGUGAUGUCAUCUCUGUUUCGCAUAAGUACAGGGAAGCUAACCUCGAAGUCAUCACCAAGUGCAUAAAGUUGGUUGCCGUAUCCGGAAAGUCCUUCUCAUUUAUUGGCUCGAAACAACAACAACAACAACAACAACAACAACAACAACAACAACAACAACAACAACAACAACAACAACAACAACAACAACAACAACAACAACAACAACAACAACAACAACAACAACAACAACAACAACAACAACAACAACAACAACAACAACAACAACAACAACAACAACAACAACAACGCAAAAUAGGCAAAUGUGGGUGA